AGGCGUGCAGGGACAAAGACCAUAUUUUGAGCAAGUACGUAUAUACAGGUCGGAUGUGCUGCCACUAACGGAUAAAAUGACACAAGAUUCAAAGACGUGUCAAGAGGACGAAGCUGAAAGAGGCGAAAAUAUAUUUAUGACAACUAACAUAGCCAACGGCAAACCGUCCAAUACGGGAGAGGAUGUUGAUGCGGAAGAGAGCUUGUCAGGAAAGGAGACUGGCGCUGGAGAAGGGGUGAAGAAGAAUUCGUUGCAUGAUUGUGAUGAUGGGCAGUUACCGGAUGACAAUCAGCCAGAGGAAGAGGAUGAUGGUCUACCUAUCGAUCGAGGAUGGGCUUGGGUAGUGUUAGCAGGGAGUUUUCUGAAUGUUAUUAUAAUGGUUGGAUAUGGCCGGGCAAUAGCCAUAUUCUUUGUGGCCUAUUUGGAAGAAUUCGAGGCAACUGCUGCAAAGACAACCUUGUUUAUGGGCGUGAUGGCGGGAACGUUCAGUAUUUCAUCUCUCUUUUCGAUGAACGUAAUUCUACAACAGCUUGGAGAGAGGAAAACGGUACUUCUUGGUGGAACCAUAUCUGUUGUAGGAAUGUUAACAGGAGUUUUCGCCACCAGUAUUACGUACCUCAUUUGUACCCAUAGUAUUAUCAUUGGAAUUGGUCACUCCAUGAUUCAUGGUCCAGCAUUGGUACUAAUUGGAAAGUACUUCAAGAAGAGAAGAGGCAUUGCUACAUCAAUUGCUAUGUCUGGAAUGAGUAUUGGGGGGAGCGUGUUUCCACCUCUCGUUCGGUUUCUACUGGAUGAAUAUGGUGUCCGGGGAAGUAUGUUGAUCCUUACAGGAGUCACCAUGAACGUAUGGGUCGGGGCCGCGUUGUUUAGACCAUUAAGCUUCUUUCGAAAGAGGAUACGAAAGCCCGCAUCUAUCACGACCGCAGGCCAAAACGAUGACCAAAGAAACGCCAACGAGAUCCAUGAAAAUGAUCAAGCUUUUUCUGGAAAGGAACCAAAUAGAGUUAAUGGUGGAAACACAGUGGUCGCAUCUGAGAGUCAAGGCAAUGGCGCAAAAAUUCAAAUGAGUGACAAUGUCCGCAAGAGAGCCAGGCCACAAUCAGUUGGCAGCGUUGAAUCACAGACAGAUUCCCUCUCAGAAUGCCAGAUGAGAUUAUACACAAGUUACCCAGAUCUGACAUCAAUGUCAAUGGUGGAUAUACGAGAAGUUAAUUCUGAACCGAGUCACAAUCACCAUGAAACAAAGGAAGCCAAAGGUACAGCCAGAUAUUUGAAACACGCCCUGUCAGCACUUGACUUUUCCUUGUUCAGACAACCAAUGUUUCAGAUGAUUGUUGUUGUCGCUCAUUUCGGUGUACUUUUUGGAUUGGUGGGAAUAUACAUCCCUGCCCUUGCAAAUGAAAAGGGCAUCUCACAAACAGAUGCCGCAUAUUUGUUGACUUUGGCAUGUGUUCUGGACUUUUUCAGCAGACUGGCAGUCGGCUUCGUUGCCGAUCUCAAAAUCAUCAAAGUUAAUCAUCUGAUGGUCAUUGGAAUACUUGUCUCUGGAACAGCAACACAUUUUGUCUAUUUUUACAACUCGUAUGCUCUUUUGGUCGUGUUCUCCGUCAUUGUCGGACUCUUUGGCAGUUUUUACCAUUGUCUUAUGCCUGUUGCCAUUGUGGACUUCAUGGGACUUGAAAAGAUGGCGAAGGUUCUUGGAUUCUUAUCGGUAUUCCAUGGCCUGUCUAUAUCAGUGACGCAUCCGAUCAUGGGGACGAUCCGUGACAUGACAAAGUCAUACAACUUGUGUUUCACCUACAUUGGGAUCGCUAACUACAUAACUGCUGUGGUUCUACUAUGUGUUCCUCUCGUCAGACGCCGGGAGACCAAACUGAAAUCAGCGAGUUCCCCUGAGGACGUUGAAGAAAACCGACCUCUUAAAAGUAAUUAAUGUAUCUGGAACGGUUUGUACGUCAUCAAACGGUUUUAGUGAAUGAAAUGUCGAAGAUUACACAUUUCACCACCUCUGUGUAUAGAACUCGUACAUGUAUCUCAAUGCUGGAGAGUUACGCAUAUAUAUUGAGGAUCUGUCAAACUGGUGUUUGUAUGUACAAAAACAUACAGCACAUAUACAACUAUUGCGCUUCUGUGCUCACAUGCCACUGAAAGACACAUAUGUGUGUAAAGUUUUAUUGAUUUUAUAAGUCAGUGAUCCAAGCAGAUCUAGAUACUGUACAAGAGCUUAUUCUGUGUGUCACUUAAAAAAAGAUCAUGAAGAAAAAACUAUGAAACCCUCAAAUGAAACUUCACUGACGAAGACGUAAUUGUAUCAUAUUUUGACGUCAUUAGCAAUAGAUGGCGUCAGGCUGAGGUUCUUUACAAUGAAUAAUUGUGGAUUCAUGUUUCUUGAAAUGCAAUACUUGUUUGGCAUUUAUACUAUUGGUAUCUAUUCUAUUAAAUAUUUGAUUGCA